AUGGAAGAUAAAAAAAGAGUAUACUCUAUGAGGCAGGAUCCUCCUCGGGAAACUAGCCCACCAGCAAAAAAACUGCUUAUAUCAACACAAAGCACAAAUACUCUCAAUGGAGUUAACAACGGCUAUACAAACUCUACGACAAGUACUUAUCUGAAUGAAGCCGGUAAGAUCGAUGUAGCCGACCCUCGGACUCUUGAGGCAUAUCAAAAAGAAGCUAUAUUUCGCAGAAUGCUCGAGUAUAAACGUGAAUUCGAAAGGAUAACACUUAUUAAGGAAGAGCUAGAGAGAAAGAAUGAAUACUGUGAUGGUUAUUUGAACAUUGUCAAUACAUAUUGGAAUAAAAUGCUUGAUGAUCUACGGAUGAUAAUAAAAAGAGUAGAUCAUAACGCAAAUCUCUCAAAGAUAAAUCUACAUUCUGUCCGAUCACACGACUCGAAUUUUUUCAAACAUUUGAUUACAAUCGGGGAAGAAGAACCACCACCGUCUCUCGAAAGGAUUACGCAAGUGUUGGAGGAAAAAUGUCUACUAACGCGAGAUGUUGUAAAUUCGGUACUUGAGAUUAUCGCGUUGGUCGAUGAAAAAGAUUCCACAAAAUUAGUUGAAAGUUUAACCAGAAAAGAAAGUAACCAAAAACUUCUGAAUAAAAUGCAAUCGCAGAACUCUGAUUUGUCUUCGGAGGUUUCAUCAUUAAAAGACAAACUUCAGAAAACAAAAAAUCGCCUUGACGAAACUCAAGCUCGUUUAGAAGAGACUAAAAUAGAAUUAGCGAAAUCCGAGAAGCGAUUUGAUCAAAAAAGAUGUCCUACAUGGGGCUUUUGGACUCCUGAUGUUGGUGGUUCUGCGGAAAGUGAAUCUCAUACGGAUCACGCUCGAUCUCAUGAUCAUAGUAAUAUUCGAUCCCCGGAACAUUCCUCGCCAGUAGUCGACCAAGACGCUGAAAAAUUUAGGCUUUUAUAUAUAGAGCGGGAAAAGGAGACCGAAAGACAACGUACUGAGAUUAUUGCGUUAAAAUCGGAACUUGAGCAAUCACGAAUCAAGUAUUUACAUAUUCCGGAUGAACGAAUAGCAGAAACUGCUGUAUUUAAAAAUUUGCAGAUGCAAUACUAUCAUUCAAAAGAAAACGCUGAACAAUGUCGUUCAAUUAUUGAAAGCAUGAGUCGAGAUUUGGAAGAAUUGAAAGGAAGUCGUCGAGCCUUCCAAGAACAAGCAGAGAAAGAGGCCAAUCAGAAAGUAUUGGAUAUUACAAAGGAAAUGCAAUUGUUGGAGAAUGAUCUAAAUCGAAUACGAGCUUUAAGAGACGCUGCAAUACAUGACGCAGAACUAGCAAAGGCUCGUAAUGGACCCGGAUUUCAGCAAAUUCCUGCACUUCGAAGACUUGCGAAUGGUCGUAAAUCUCAGCUAAGACGAUUAAUGGAUGAUAUUCGUCUCGAAAAUGCCAAGGCUGCCUAUGAGGCUCGUGACAUGGAGAGCUUAGAAUUUUACUCGAAUGAAAGAGAGCCAACUGAGGAUACUGAUCUCUAUAAAUUAAAAUACAGCAUGUCAUUAGUAGCUAACCUAAAAGGCCAGAUUAGAGAACUAAAAGAAGAGAAUACGUGCUUACGUGUACAAUUGGACAGUUAUAAAGAUGCUCCUUCUGAGAUUAAACAUGCACAAGAGCGAAGAUUGUCAGAAAGAAACUAUCGUAAGGAUGUUGAAAUGUUAAAACAACGUAUAGAUGAAUAUGAUGACAAGUAUGGAAUACGAGAUCCCGGAGAUGAUCCGUUACAUAUUCUCGCGGCUAAAAUUGAAGAGAAAGACAAAAAAAUAGCUGAUCUAUCAAACGAAUUACGAUUACUUAAAAUUCGGGAAAAGACGCACGUACGAGACUUGACAGCUUUAGACGAAGAAAUACAGCAGCUUGACGAGAAAGCCAAUCAAAAGAUGUUUGACAUUAUCAAACACGAAAACGAGUUGAUGCGAUUAGCAGAAAUGAAAAAUAAAGCGGAACAAAAGUGUCAGGGAUUAACGAAUAAAUAUGCUUCUCUGGAGCAGCAAAAUAAAGAUUAUGCUGCAUUGCGUUUACGAAUGGAAGAAAAUAUUCGCCAGCAAGAGUAUCAAAUCAAGAAUCUUCAACAACAACUCGGUAACAUGGAAAAAGAUUCUGCGGCUGCUGACUCUCUGAUAACAACUUAUCGACUCAAAAUACAAGAUUUAACUCAUGAGAAUACCGCACUCCGUGAAAAAUACUCGAAAACUGAACAUAAAUAUAACGAGAUAUAUCAUCAAUACAGAGAAAGAUAUGAACAGUGUGAAAAUGAAAUUAGUUUAAGGCGGAAGACACAAGAGGAAACUGCUGUCUACAAAAAAAGGCUAGAGGAUAUAUCAAAGCAGCAGUUGUCUGGUAGCUCCAAAUCAGUACUUCAAGCAGAACUGGACGGCUACAAGGCGAAGGCUGAGGAGCGGUUCAGGAAUGCGCAGGCUGCGUUGCAGGAGUUCGAAGACGGCGAAGCGCAGGGGAUACUGUUGGGGAAGCUGAGGUUGAAGUGGUUGAACGAAGGGCUAAAUGAGGGGCAGCAGCGGUUGUGGGAGACGCUUGAAGAGGAGAAGAAGCGUCUGGAGGAAGACGUGAGGGAUUGUAGGAAGCAUGUGGAAGAGUUGCAGAAGGCACUCGCUCACCCAGGUAACGACUUUGUGACUCGGGCGUUGGGGACAUAG